AUUUAAAAAACUUUUCUGUAAUGCAGAAUCAUGUCAGAAAUGAUAAGGGUGUGUUUUUGUUUCAGGGUGAAAGCUCCUUGGUCUUCUGUAUUUUGAAGUAGAUUCCCUGAAAUGUGGGCAUAACUACAUAAAAGAAAAAAUGAGUGGGGAAAGUGCGAGUGUUUCAGGAAACCUGGCUCUGGAUGACUCUGGGAAAGGACUCUCCAUUAGUGGGAAUGCUGCGAACACUGUUGGUGCAAAAAGUGGACUUAAAGUUGAGGAUGACAUUGUGGCAGCAACGAUAAAUCUUGGCAACCUUGACAAAAAGGAUGUGCAUAAUAUCUUGGAGAUCCUAAAGCCUUAUGGAGACAACAUGAAGGUUCUGACAAAAAAGGAUCUGAGUGCCGGGGCUUCCCUGGACCCAUUUGGACUGGGUCUCAAAGGCACUACAGAGGGGCUCCUAAAGAAGGAUCUUUCACUUGAUGCAUCUGCUGGCCCACCAUCUUUUUCCUUAAAUGGCCUCAAUGGAGACUUAAAUGGUCUGGGUGGUAAAAUAAAUGGCCCCACCCUCAAUGGAGACCUGCCCAAACUUGGCCUGAAUAAGCCAUCAGGUGAUGCUGGUGCUGCAGUCACAAUGCCAUCCAUAGGACUACCGGGAACCGAUGUAAAGGCAGAUCUAGGUGGUUCUCUUAAUGCUCCUAAUGUCAGUGCCUCAGCUCCACAAGUCAAGAUGCCAAAUGCCUCCUUGAAAAUUGAUAAACCAGAAAUCCAGACAGGCAAAUAUCAGCCCCCUAAGUUCACAAUGCCAAGCUUCGACCUACCAAAAAUUGAACCACCAAAUGGCAAACUGGACAUGUCUGGUGACAUUGAUCUUCCAUCUGUUAGUGGGAAUGUAAACGCACCAAACCUUAAUCUGUCGGCUCCAAACUUUGCUCUUCAAAAUCCAGAUUUGGAUCUGAAUGUUCCAAAAGCAAAUUUUAAUGGCCCUAGUGCAAAGUUAGAAGCCCCAAAUGCAGACAUUAAUGCACCCUCAGGCAAAUUCAAGUGGCCACAUGCUAAAUGGAAAGGUACUAAAGUUGAAGGGCCAGAUGCUGACCUAUCAGUACCUAAUGUCAAUGUUUCCACACCACGGCUUGAUGGGGAUUUAAGUGGGCCAGAUGUUGAUCUAAACUUGCCUAAAGCUGACAUCAAGGGUCCUGAACUAGAUGUUAAAGCCCAUGACAUUGACAUUGAUGCUCCUUCUGGUAAAAUCAACUGGCCCCACUUAAAAUGGAAGAAACCCAAACUUCAUGGCUCCAAAGAUAGUCUGGAUAUAGAUGCAAACAUUGACACGCCUGAGGUUGGGCUUUCUGUUCCAAAGGUAAAGGGGGAGCUUGAUGCCCCAAAAGUUGACGUAAACUUGCCAAAGGCAGAUAUCAAUGGCCCAGACCUUGAAAUGCAACCCUUAGAUGUUGAUGCUCCAUCUGGUAAAAUCAACUGGCCUCACCUGAAAUGGAAAAAGCCCAAGCUUCAUGGCCCGAAAGCAGACUUGGGCAUAGAUGGAGAUCUAAACACCCCAGACUUAAAUCUCACAGGACCAAAGAUUGAUGGGGACUUAAAUGUUCCAAAUACUGAAGUGAAUCUCCCCAAAGCUGACUUGACACCUCCUGAUUUAAAUAUUCAAACUCAACAUGAUGUUGAUGCCCCCUCAGGAAAAAUUAACUGGCCACAUCUGAAAUGGAAAAAACCCAAGCUUCAUGGACCAAAAGCCGACCUGGAUGCAAAUUUGAAUGCACCAGAUGUUGAUCUAUCAGCUCCAAAGCUUAAUGGUGAGAUUAACUCACCAGAUCUUGAUGUAAAUUUACCUAAAGCUGAUGUUAAUGUAGGAAAACCACAUGUAGACAUUGAGUCUCCAUCUGGAAAGUUCAAAUGGCCCACCUUUAAAAAGCCAAAGACAAAGAUAAAUGGUCCUGAUGUCGAUUUAGAUGCUGAUGUUUCUGCCCCUGCUCUCAAUCUCUCAGCUCCAAAGAUUGAUGAGUAG